AUGGUUAAGCCAAUUAAAUUAUACACAUGGGGUACUCCAAAUGGUCAUAAAAUUUCAAUCUUCUUAGAAAUUUUACAAUUACCAUAUGAAGUUCAUUCAGUUGAUAUCACCAAAAAUGAAUCAAAACAAGAAUGGUUUGUUAAAUUGAAUCCAAAUGGUAGAAUUCCAACAAUUGAAGAUCCAAACACAGGUAUCACAUUAUCUCAAACUGGUGCAAUUUUACAAUAUUUAGCAGAUAAAUAUGAUACCGAUUUGAAAUAUUCUUAUAAAUACGGAACACCAGAGUAUUAUAAAACUUUAGAGUAUUUAAUUUUUCAAGUUGCUGAAAAUGGACCUAUUCAAGGUCAAGCUAAUCAUUUUAAAGUAUAUGCAAAGGAGAAAAUUCAAUAUGGAAUUGAUAGAUAUAUAAAUGAUACUAAAAGAAUUUAUGGAGUUUAUGAAGAUAUCUUGAGUAGAAAUGCAGCUAAUCAAAGUUUAUAUUUAGUUGGUUCACAUUAUACCGUUGCUGAUUUUGCUUUAUUUGGUUGGGCUAAUAGAUUAGAAAGAUUAGAAAUUGAUAUUCAUCAAUGGCCAUUAUUAAGUAAAUGGUUUACUAAAUUGGCUGAAAUUUCAGAAGUUCAAAAAGGUUUGACUGUUGGUUAA